CCUGAACUUAAAGUCCUUUUGACAACCCCAUCAAAAUCCUAUUUUCUGUCUUAUGAUGGCGCCCCUAUGCUCAAAUUUGUGAGUGUUCGGAAAAAUACCAAAAGGCGUUAUAAAUCACUAGUACAGAACUGCCAAUUAAAUUAUACCGAACACGAGAAAAUUACCAUGUUGCAAAAUCAAAUGUUGAAUAUAAAACCAAAGCAAGGCAAGGGAAGUGAAGCUGAAAUAGACAACAUGGCAGAGGCAUUCUCUUCAAAGUUGGAAAUAACCGAUAUUUCAAACGAAAAGCCAUUGAAAAUGUUGAAAAUUAUCGGUUAUUCGCAGAUAAUGAUUUGGAUAUAAUAGUUGAUGGACCUGAUAUCAGUGUCAGAUGUCCCUUCGGACGGAUCAGUUUGGCUAAACUACUUAAAACGGCUAAAGUGUAUCCAUCGUUGCCAAACGACCACCAUUUGGAUGUUGAUGGCUCACAGGUUUCUAGAACCAAUGAAAAGGAAACACCAAAAAAAAAGCGCAAAGAAUGAAGACCUAAGGGAACCGGUACGGUCCUAUACUCCUUAGCAACCAACGGUGGAUUCUGGAAAACUGCCAAGGUGAUUUGUCAAUCUUGGCCAGUAGUCUGAAGGCUUCUUUCGCAUCGUUAGAUUCUACCAUCUUAUACAGAAGAACCAAAACUUUCAACGAUCUGCGGCAUGAGUCAACUUAUCUUGAUAUAAGGGUUAUCAGGCACAAAUAGUAUUAUGUCCAAAAAUUGUAUUAUUAAUCUUAGACUUACAUAAGUUUUUUUUUCAGUUAGUUUUAAGAAUAAGGACUUUUUUAAGAAUAGUGUUUUAGUUUUUUUAGAAUGCUUUGGCGUUGCAUUUAAGUUCGAAUUCCUUCUAGCUAUAAAACCAAAGAACUGUAGAUACUGUUCUACUCUCAAGUUGAAACUAUAUGCAUAUUCCUUUUUCCGCCUAAUGUUUUGAUUAGUUUGUCAAGUUAUGUACGGGAAUUAUCUCAAUUAUCUGGUACAAAUAGUGCUUCAAUUUAAGGUAAACUACGCAUUCCUUCUUUGGUCUAAUGUUUGGGUUAGUUUGUUAACUUAGGUGUGUAAAAGAAUUAUCAGGCAAAAAUAAUAUCACUCUUAGAUAUAUUCGCUUAGUUACUCGGUUCGCUCAUAUUUUUUUUUUUUUAACUUCGAGAAUAAUGUUUCUGUUUUUUUUAAUGCCUUUGCGUGAAUAAUUACUUUUAUUUCACUUUAAAAAUAAUGUCAUCAUUUACAGUGAAAUAGGCCGAAUUGGAGCCAAACGUUUCUGAUUCAUUUUCAAAAUUUGGUCACUACCGGCCCCUUUUGCGAGUUUUUUUAUUGACUUUCACCCGUCAACAUAUGUACAAGAAUUAUCAGACUGACUAACCCAAACUCAACUUUAUGCACAUAUAAUGUGACAGCUCUUCAUUGGUCUUCGAAAUGAAUGUAGGUACUUACUGCAUUGCCGUGGGCUGGUGUUUAUCCAAUCUCACGCCUUGUUAUAUUGAAUUGUCCUUCCUGUUUAGUUUUGUUUAAUUGAUUCCAAGAAUAAUUUUUUUUUAACUUGUUAGAAUAUAUAUCUGUUUUUUUUUUAAAUACUUUUAUUGUGAAUAAUGAAUUUUAUUUCGUUUCAAUAAUAAAGUUU